UACCAGCAUCAUACCAGUAGCCACGUGUACUCAGAAAAAUGCCACGCUAGCGGUUCCGCGUGUGCGUUUCGGCCCACUCCAAGACACUGCAUACAGUAUUCCGCAUAAGAUUACUGGUGUGAAUGCCAGUCGAUCGACUGCAAAAGCGAUGCCGGCAGCAGUAUCUGGAGCAAUGCUGUAUAACUUGGCGCGUCUUCACCUACUCGCAAUAUUGCAAGCAACAUCCUAGUUUUAGAGCAAUGCUCAACUGAUCAAGUACACUUGAGUCACCUCGCCUGAGUGUGUCGUUACCCUAGUCACCAUUGCCUUCACCUCUUCUCAACUUGGCCCUGGAUCACCUGGCCAACGGACCACUCACCUUCGCCACCGCCGCCGCCUCGCACUACAACACACCAACACAUCCUAAUACCGAACGUUAGCCGACACGCACAUCAGCGUGGUUUCAGUAUGCCUCUGCUUAAAGAUCUAAGCUGCUCAAUUGAGCUCUCGGAUGACCAGGAGGUGUUGCAAGAGCUUGGAACAGUGUAUGGAGACGCGUUCGUCGAGACGUUCGUUCCUGUCCCCAAGAAACAGCAAACCUUCACAGUGCACCUCUCCGGCCGAAACUUCAUCGCGCCGGGUAUCGCAAUGUACGUCUUCAUUGACGGCGUCUACCAGUGUAACCGGAACCGGCAGAAUAUGAAGCUUCGAAGGCCCUUGGAUCGCCGCUCGCUCGUCGACUUCAAAGUCAGACAGAAAGAAGAACGACAAAAGGACGGUUCGAUGAUCGCGCGAGAGUGGACGUUUGAGAAGCUGGACCAUGCCUCAGCAGAUGAUGCGCCCGACUCUUGUUCGUCCAACAUCCUCGAGAGCCUUGGCUGCAUCGAAGUCGUAGUCUUGCGCUGUGCUGGUCCUCGCGAUGCUAAAACAGCUCCGAACAUGAACAUGGACGGUGCAGUCGACUAUCCUGACUAUCGUUCCGACCGCGAUAGCCGUUCUCGAACAACAGCCUACGAUGAUCGCGACCCGUUUGUCGGUGCUACAAGUAACAAACGCCCUCCACCGCCGCCAGCAUCUCAGUAUCGCUCGCCUUAUGCCGAGACGGUGCGCAGCCGCGAACACUCGAACAAAGCCCGAUCUCGGUACUCUGAGCCUGUCAGUCCGAGUACACAUCUUCAAAGGGACAUCCCAGCUCCAGGUUUUCAGUACGGUUCCGGACCUCUCCCAGCUCGAUCAACAGCAGAAACCUACAAGGAGCUCGUGGGCGACAGGCGCGCGUCACAACCUACUCCCGCAGUCGAUCCUGGCAUGCUUGAGAAAAUCGUGGUAGAUGCUGUCAAACGAGGGGUAGAAGAGUCGAGGAAGAGUCAAAGGCCUGUCGCAGAAAGUCAGAUCGGCAGCGGAAGAUACUGGGAAGACUUGGAUGGCUCCAGUCAAGUACCUGGGGCGUGGCCGACAACUCCGACACAAGCAUCAACGUACUGUUCGAGCAGGUCAGAAUACGACUAUUACCACGAUGACAACGAUGGGCUUUGGGAGGAGAAUACAACCGGCCGGAAACACCGUUCGGCGAAGAGCAGGACAGCUUGCGUCGGUUGGGACAAGGAGCCCAAAUGGGACACGCAAACGAAAGCCGACGGCUGGGGUUCAGCGGAUGAGGCAUCUUGGAACACGGACGAGACAUGGCCGGAGAAAAGACCUGAAAGCUGGGGGGAAGUUCGCAAAAGAUCGAAGUCUAGAGCUCGUACUGCUCGCGGACCCUCGCCUCCUCGCCGAGUGCCUCACGUGUCCGAGCGUCCCCCUCAGCGCCAACAUUCGAAGCAUGGAUCACAGAAGUCUCGAUCCAAGUCUCGAUCUUAUUGGGUAGACGAUAUGAAAACCUCAACGGACGACAAGGAUUCAUGGACGCAGAACGAGGCUCCCUCAGACACAAGUACCUCCUUGGGCCGGUCUGACUCCACGCUCAGGCCCUCGCAUUCGCGCAGCCAGAUACAGCAAGAGAGGAGCACUUCUGGUCGAAAGAGCUCUAGAAGGGGGCAAAGUCAGUCUCGCCAUCGUCGAAGGCUGUCACAGCCUGUCGAGAAUCCGCGGUUCUAUCCUGAGAAGGUGCACGCAGGCCCACCUUCGAUGCUGGUGACGAACGCACCCACUGUGGUGUCUGCUCCAAUCUGGCAGAAUCUCGCAGACGUCCAAUCACGAAACCCCGGUAUUCACACUCAGAUUGCUGCGCCAGUCGUAGCACCACCACCAACGUGGGGCUGUGCUUCUGAGAAGGCGCGCAGGAAGAGUGCCGGUACAACGUACCUGCCUCCUGCGCCAUUCAGUGCAGUUGGUGAGGAUCAUCAGCGAAGCCGUCACUCUAGCGGCUCGUCAUCCUGGGGAGUUGAGAACAAAAAGGCUUCGAAGCAUGGCAGUGGGAAGAAAAGCUCACUCAAACAGGCGAAUUGGGGAGGGGACAAUGCGGCAACUGGUUGGAAUGACGAGCAAGCCAAAGGCUGGGGAGAUGAUGCUGCUGCGGGACAGAAGAACGAUGAAUGGAACACAGCCGCGCCGGGCGACGGCGGACGGGGCGUCUCCAACGAUGCGGAGCCAAAGCGUGUCGAUUGGAAUGCGGACAACAACAAUAAUGGAUGGGGUGCCGCGCAAGACACAACCACGGCGUGGGACCAGCCGCAGGACGACACCAACGAAGCACCCUUCGAUGCCAAUGCUGGAGAUGCAUGGGCAACACCGGUAGCAGUCGAGGAGAAGCCCAGCGAGAAGGUCAAACCACGCUCCGCAGGCAAGCGACACACCACCAAAUCGCUCUCCAAGUAUCGCCGUCUCUCACCCGCGUCCCUCGUAAAGCCGCACUGGCGCUUCCCCCCCACACCUCCCAGCAAGACUCUCCUACCGACCGAGGAAGACGGCAGCGAGCACUCAGGUCGUGCAAGACGCAUGCGCAGCGUACCUUCCGAACCUCUGCACAAGAUUCCCCAGGCCGCGGCGGCCGCAAAGGGGGUCGAGCACCAAGUGCUCGCGGGCCCGGGAACGGCGUACGGCCACGCGGUCAGCCGGCCAGAGUACGUGGACGGGCUCGACAAGCCGUACGCCGUGUUCCGGUUCAAGUACCGCAGCCGCAGUGCGCUGAAGGGCAUGUUCGGCCGCGACUGUCUGCGCGGGACGGGCUCGGCGCCGGGGGCGGCGGGCAAGGAGGAGCUCGAGGCGUUGCCGCAGGAGCAGCUGGUCAGCAAGAUGCUGGCGCUGCAGCGUAGGCUCGCUGAGAGGGAUUGCCGGGGUGGGGCGAGUCGGUGCUCGGAGAGCGUGGCGAUGGGGUUGACGCAGGAGUGGGUACAGCAGCAGUCGAGGCAGGCGUCGGAGAAGGGGGUGAAGGGGAUAAAGGCAGGGACGGAGAAGAGUGCGGAGAAGGUUGCGGGGUGGGACGACGGGGCAAAGGCGACGGGGUGGGACGACGGGGCCAAGGCGACGAGGUCUGACACUGAGAAGGUGGCGUGGUAGCAAAGAUGGGUACGUAUGAAAUCUUGUGGCUCAAAGGCCGUGCUUCUCUCAACGAAACAGUCUUUAUUGUGGUAUCAUGGAUGGUCUCCUGGCCCUUCUUUUGGAGCCAGCGAGAUGUAAUUUGCUUCUUCGGCCAACUUUUGUGCCUUGCAAAU